CACCAUCCCUUUUACAGUGCUGCGUAACGCGUUCAAUGCAUUCGAUGCCGAGAAGAAUGGCUACAUCAACACCGCCAUGGUGGGCACCAUUCUCAGUAUGUUGGGCCAUCAGUUAGACGAUGCCAUGCUUGCCGAAAUUAUCGCUGAAGUCGAUGAAGAUGGUUCGGGACAAAUUGAGUUCGAAGAAUUCACCACAUUGGCGGCGCGUUUCCUUGUUGAAGAGGAUGCUGAAGCGAUGCAGGCCGAACUGAAGGAGGCAUUCCGUUUGUACGAUAAGGAGGGCAACGGUUACAUCACCACCGGUGUGCUGCGUGAAAUUCUGCGUGAAUUGGAUGAUAAGUUGACAAAUGACGAUUUGGACAUGAUGAUUGAGGAAAUCGAUUCUGAUGGCUCCGGAACGGUUGAUUUUGAUGAAUUCAUGGAGGUCAUGACUGGCGAG